GGAAACUUUCAGUUGGAAUCGAACAGCAGCAAGAUGAACAAGAUCUUGGUGGUUCUCCUGGCCAUCGGGUCAUCAUCCGUGCUGUCCUUCGAGGUGCAGACCGACCUGGGACGCGUGCGGGGAGCUAAUCUCACCUCCAGAUUGGGCUUACCCUUCUAUGCCUUUCGGGGCAUACGCUAUGCCGAGCCGCCGUUGGCUAAUUUGCGUUUCCUGAACCCCAAGCCAGUGAAGCCUUGGUCGCCCACUGUCUUCGAUGCCACCGAAGAUGGACCGAUGUGUCCCCAGCCGUGGGAAAAUCUUACAGAUGUCUCCGAGGACUGUCUGCGGCUCAACGUCUACACAAAGGAUGUCCAGGGUCGCCGGCCAGUGAUUGUGUUCUUACAUCCCGGCGGCUUCUAUGUGUUCUCUGGCCAGAGCAAGUAUCUGGCUGGGCCGGAGCCCUUCAUGGACAGAGAUUGCGUUCUGGUGGCGCUCAAUUAUCGCCUGGGAAGCCUUGGAUUCCUGGCCACCGGCACAGCCGAGGCGCCGGGCAAUGCCGGGCUCAAGGAUCAGGUUCUGGCCCUGCGCUGGAUCCAGCAGCACAUCCAUCGCUUCGGUGGCGAUCCCCAGCAGGUGACCCUGCUGGGCUACAGUGCGGGAAGUAUCAGCAUAGGCCUCCACAUGCUGUCGCCCAUGUCGCGGGGUCUCUUCCACCGCGGGAUUUGCAUGAGUGCCUCGCCCUAUGGCCAGUCCAAGUAUCAGAGUUCGGACUUACAGUUGGCCCAGCGGCAGGCCAGGCUACUGAAGUGUCCGGAGGAGCCUGCAAAGGAUCUGGUUGAUUGCCUGAGGCAGAAGCCCGCCCUGGACUAUGUGAGCUCGUACAAUGGCAUGUUUGAGGUGGGAUGGAGUCCCGUGCUUAACUGGCAUGUGGUCAUCGAAGAGGACUUUGGUCAAGAGCGUUUUCUGGUAGAGGAUCCUUUUAAGACCGCCCUUAGGGGCGAUUUCUACAAAGUUCCCCUGAUCACGGGCAUCACUGAGUUCGAGUUCCUCUCAGCGGCAUUCUAUGAUUUGCGAAACGCGAGCAUCAUUGGCAACUACAACAGGGACUGGGAGCACUAUGCCCCGAUUGCCUUGCUCUACGAGCGCGACACGAAUCACUCACGUCUUGCCAGUCGUGUGCUGCGUGAGAAAUAUUUGGGUAAUGUCAAAAAAUUGGAGUAUCCGCAAUCCCUCAAGGGCUGGGGCGAACUCUAUAGCGAUGCCUUGAUUGGUGUGGCCUUCAAUCGUUUUGUACGCCUGAUGGCACCACACACACCCAUCUACAUGUAUCUGUUUCGCUAUAAGGGCAGAUAUAGCUUCCUCAAGAAUCCGGAUAAUAAACAGGCAAUGGGACCUGUCCAUCACGAUGAACUUAUAUAUCUGUUCCAUGUAUCUCUGGAGAGUCCUCUGCUGAAGCGUGAGGAUCCCGAGAAUCAAAUGGUAGAGCGCCUCACACGCAUGUGGUUUGAGUUUGCCGCAAAGGGGGAUCCCCACAACAAGACCGAUGAGUACUUGAAAGACCUGCAAUGGCCUCUGUAUAAUGAUAAAGAUAAAUCUUACCUGGAAAUCGAUACACAAUUGACAGCCAAAACUGGUGGCUUUAAUCUGGAGAGAUAUCAGAUCUGGGAUGAGCUGUUUCCCUUGCCAACUUCGUAGGGAAACUAAGGGUAUAUAAAAAGGUAUAUUAAAGUUAGAUAUGCCAAAAGGUUUAUUCAAUAAUUAUUCAACAAAUCAAAUAUGAUAUACUGCAUAUA